AAGCCCACUCUCUCACUCCCCAUCGAAGAAGAUAUUUAUUUUGUAUUUCCCUUCGAUCACUUCGAUCGCGUUGCAGCAGAUCAUUCCAUUAAUUCUUCCGUGUUCGGGUGUUGUUGAGAGGAUCGUGGUGGAGCGGGGAUGGCGAGCACGGCAUUGAAGGCGUCAGGGUGCUCCGCAUUGAGCCCCGGCGUUCACGUAUGCGCGAGAACCAGGGCCGCACCGCACCGCACAUCCCUGGUGCGUCAUUCAAUUGGCUUCAACGUUCCCGGAUUUCAAUGUAUAGGUGCCUUCGGCAGCAACGUAGUGAGUAAGCCAAAGGGCUUAAGUUUGCGAGCUAGCGUCAGCACAGCUGAAGGUACCGAGCUAGAUGCCAUCAGAAAAUACAGCGAAGUGGUACCUGAUACAGUAAUAUUUGACGACUUUGAAAGGUUUCCUCCUACAGCUGCCACAGUCAGCUCCUCGUUGCUGCUUGGAAUAACCAGUGUUCCUAAAGGAUCAUACAAUGGCGCCAUUGAUAGUGCCUUGGCAUAUAACAAGUGCUACGUGGAGAAUAGUGGGGAGCGGUUAUCAUGUUUUUUGAACAAGGCUCUUGUUAAUGUUGGAGCGGAAUUGGUGAAGUCAGUACCAGGUCGAGUGUCCACUGAAGUGGACGCCCGUUUGGCUUAUGACACUCCCGGCAUCGUCAAUGAGGUACAUGAACUUCUUCGGAUGUACGAUGAAGUCGAAGUUCCCAGGGAUAGGCUGCUCUUCAAGAUUCCUGCUACGUGGCAGGGUAUUGAAGCCACAAGGCAGCUGGAAACUGAAGGCAUUCAAACACACGUCAGCCUAGUUUACAGCUUUGCUCAAGCCUCCGCUGCAGCCCAAGCAGGUGCAUCUGUAAUUCAGAUCUUCGUUGGCAGGGUCCGGGAUUGGGCUCGGACAAAUUCAGGUGACAAAGACGUUGAUGCAGCUUUAGCGAGUGGAGCUGAUCCUGGCAUUGCACUUGUUACAAAAUCUUACAACUACAUCCAUAAAUAUGGGCACAAAUCCAAACUCAUGGCAGCGGCAGUGCGCAACAAGCAAGAUGUUUUCAGCCUGCUUGGCCUGGAUUACCUCAUAGUGCCAGUCAAGGUGCUCCUGUCUCUGAAAGAAUCCAAGGCUGAUCUUGAAGACAAAUAUGCAUUUGCAAGACGUUUGAGCCCAUCCACUGCCCAGAAUGCAACGUUUUCAGAACAAGAGAUCCAAAAAUGGGAUCAAGGUACUUUUGCGAAAGCGUUAGGCCCACUAGCUGAGGAUCUGCUGCGGCGGGGACUUGAUGGCUACAUCAACAAUACUGAGCGGGUCGAGGAGCACUUCUCCAAGAUCUGGCCCCCGCCCAAUGUCUAAAAGGGUCUAGUAAGCUAGCCCGCUGGUGCCACAUGAAGUUUGGUUGAAAGCUUCAGAUUAUGUUGUAACUUUUGUAUAAGGUUUUAGAAUUGUAAGUAGACCUUGGCUUUCGAGGUUUGAAAGAUUGAAGUGAAAUGUUCCUGUACGAGCAAGAUGGAGAACAUGGUUUUUUGCAGCGUAGCUGCACUGAUUGUACUCUUCCGCACUCCAGUAACAUGUUUUCAAUUUUGUAUCUUA